GCUUUUCUAAGUUUCAGUUCGAGUCCUGAGCUGUCCUUACACUGACACCUCUAGAUUUAAAUCAAAGCAAUGUUUCAACCGCUUUUUGUCGUGGUUGUGGUUUUUAUAGGUUUAUCUAAUGGAGUUGGUGUGUUACCAGAUGGUCCUCUGAUUGCCUCUGUUGGAGGGACAGUAACAUUCACAACAAACUUGAAUCCAACAGAAACACCAUUUACGUUGGUCAACUGGCAGUUUGAUCCUGGUUCAAGACCUCAAUUCAUAAUUAUAUCACAGACAACUGGAGACACAACUGCACCAGAAUAUGAAGGCAGGAUCACUCUCUUCAGAUCAACUGGAUCUCUGGAACUCAGGAAUCUGAAACUCAGUGACAGUGGAGAGUACAUAGUAAGCAUUCAAGAUGGAAUAAAUCAACUGAUAGGACGCACCAUACUGAAUGUUUAUGAACCAGUCUCCAAUGUAAAUGUCUCCCUGCUAAGUUCAGACUUGAUUGAGUUCAACAGCUCUGUCAGUCUGUUCUGCUCCUCCUCUGGAUCUUUUCUCUCCUUCCUCUGGAUGAAAGACGGCUCUGAGGUCACAGCCAGUGACAGAGUUCAGAUCAACACAAAUGAAGAAAACUCCACUCUGACAAUAGUAAAUGUGACCCGAAAUGACAAGGGAUCAUACACCUGCCAUGUGUCUAAUCUUGUCAGUUCUGUCAUCAGUGAUCCAGUAAAAAUCUCUGUUAGUUAUGGUCCAGAUAAUGUACAAAUAGAAGUGUAUCCAUCUAAGGAACAUCAUGUGAAAGAAUCAGACAUUAAUCUGACCUGUUCUGCUGACUCAUCACCUUCUGCUGAAUAUCAGUGGUUUCUGAAUGGAGACAAGCUGACCAGUAGCGGUCCAUUGCUCAGACUGAUGAAUAUCCAGAUGAAUCAGAGUGGAAACUACAUCUGUCAGGCCUUUAAUAGCAAAACUCUGAUAUCUCAAACAUCUGAACCUUCGCCUGUCUCUGUUCAUGAGCGAGUCUCUAAUGUAAAGGUUACUCAAGACGUUACCCACUUGAUUGAGUUCAAUGGGUCUGUCAGUUUCUCCUGCUCCUCCAAUGGAUCUUCUCUCUCCUUCCUCUGGAUGAACAGCAGCUCUCAGAUCACAACCAGUGACAGAGUUCAGAUCACUGAUGGAGGAUCCAAGCUGACUAUAGUCAAUGUGACCAGAUAUGAUCAUGGAUCUUACAGCUGUGAUGUGUCCAAUCCUGUCAGCAGUGCCAAGAGUUUUCCUGUAAACAUCUCUGUCAGCUAUGGUCCAGAGAAAGUCAACUUAGAAUCACCUUUUCAGAAUUAUCCAGAAGGGUUGAACAUCAGUUUGUCUUGUUCAGCUGAGUCCAGACCUACUGCCACUUUUGAUUGGUUCUUUAAUGGAAAUGUUCUAUCCGGUUCUGGAUCUGAGCUUGAACUCCUCAAUAUGGCACCUCUACAGAAGGAGCUAACCUACGCAGAUGUCAGGUUUUCUAAGAACAAGAAACCUGUUCAAGCCCAGUGGGAAUCAGACAACCCCUCAUCAACCUACGCUGACAUCAGGGUCAACAGAAACUAA